CGGGCCGAGCGGCGGGCGGGGCGCGGUGCGGCGGGGCUGGGGCGCGCGGCUCCGGCCCGCCGGCACCAUGGUGCAGAAGUCGCGCAACGGCGGCGUGUACCCCGGCCCGGGCGGCGAGAAGAAGCUCAAGGUGGGCUUCGUGGGGCUGGACGCGGGCGCGGCCGAGUCCACGCGCGACGGCGCGCUGCUGAUCGCGGGCUCCGAGGCGCCCAAGCGCGGCAGCAUCCUCAGCAAGCCGCGCGCGUCCGCGGGCGCGGGCAAGGCCCCCAAGCGCAACGCCGUGUACCGCAGGCUGCAGAAUUUCCUCUACAACGUGCUGGAGCGGCCGCGCGGCUGGGCCUUCAUCUACCACGCCUACGUGUUCCUGCUGGUUUUCUCCUGCCUGGUGCUGUCGGUGUUUUCUACCAUCAAAGAGUACGAGAAGAGCUCGGAGGGUGCCCUCUACAUCCUGGAGAUAGUCACCAUCGUGGUGUUCGGGGUGGAGUACUUCGUGCGCAUCUGGGCCGCGGGCUGCUGCUGCCGGUACCGAGGCUGGAGGGGGCGGCUCAAGUUCGCCCGGAAGCCCUUCUGCGUGAUCGACAUCAUGGUCCUCAUCGCCUCCAUCGCCGUGCUGGCCGCGGGCUCCCAGGGCAACGUCUUCGCCACCUCGGCGCUGCGCAGCCUCCGCUUCCUGCAGAUCCUGCGCAUGAUCCGCAUGGACCGGCGCGGGGGCACCUGGAAGCUGCUGGGCUCGGUGGUGUACGCGCACAGCAAGGAGCUGGUCACCGCCUGGUACAUCGGCUUCCUCUGCCUCAUCCUAGCUUCCUUCCUGGUGUACCUGGCCGAGAAGGGCGAGAACGACCACUUCGACACCUACGCGGACGCGCUCUGGUGGGGCCUGAUCACCCUGACGACCAUCGGCUACGGGGACAAGUACCCCCAGACCUGGAACGGGAGGCUGCUGGCCGCCACCUUCACCCUCAUCGGCGUCUCCUUCUUCGCUCUGCCCGCGGGCAUCCUGGGCUCCGGCUUCGCCCUGAAGGUGCAGGAGCAGCACCGGCAGAAGCACUUUGAGAAGAGACGGAACCCUGCGGCAGGCCUGAUCCAGUCGGCCUGGAGGUUCUACGCCACCAACCUGUCGCGCACUGACUUGCACUCCACGUGGCAGUAUUACGAGCGCACGGUGACGGUGCCCAUGUACAGCUCGCAACCUCAAACCUACGGGGCGUCCAGACUGAUUCCUCCGCUCAACCAGCUGGAGCUGCUCCGGAACCUCAAGAGCAAGUCUGGACUCGCCUUCAGGAAGGAGCCACAGCCGGAGCCUUCCCCAAGUCCAGGCAGGCCGUGCAGAGAGUCCCUGUGUGGAUGCUGCCCUGGACACUCUAGCCAGAAGGUCAGUUUGAAAGACCGUGUCUUCUCCAGCCCCCGCGGCGCGGCUGCCAAGGGGAAGGGGUCCCCGCAGGCCCCGACCGUGCGGCGCUCGCCCAGCGCGGACCCCAGCCUGGAGGACAGUCCCAGCAAGGUGCCCAAGAGCUGGAGCUUCGGAGACCGCAGCCGAGCACGCCAGGCCUUCCGCAUCAAGGGUGCCGCUUCCCGCCAGAACUCAGAAGAAGCCAGUCUCCCUGGGGAAGAUGUCGUGGAUGACAAGAGCUGUAACUGCGAGUUUAUGACGGAGGACUUGACCCCGGGCCUCAAAGUCAGCAUCCGGGCCGUGUGCGUCAUGCGCUUCUUGGUGUCCAAGAGGAAGUUCAAGGAGAGUCUGCGGCCCUACGACGUGAUGGACGUGAUCGAGCAGUACUCCGCUGGCCACUUGGACAUGCUGGCCCGCAUCAAAAACCUGCAGUCCAGGCAAGAGCCCCUUCUCUGCCCGCCCAGCUCCGCACACAGUGCCCUGGCGGUGGUCUCGGGCCAGCGCAGGAUAGAUAUGAUUGUGGGCCCCCCACCCCCUUCAACUCCCCGGCACAAGAAGUACCCCACCAAAGGACCCACGGCCCCUCCGCGAGAGUCGCCCCAGUACUCUCCUAGAGUGGACCAGAUUGUGGGUCGGGGGCCAGCCAUCACUGACAAGGACCGCACCAAGGGUCCGGCUGAAACGGAGCUGCCUGAGGACCCCAGCAUGAUGGGCCGGCUGGGGAAGGUGGAGAAGCAGGUCUUGUCCAUGGAGAAGAAGCUGGAUUUCUUGGUGAACAUCUACAUGCAGCGCUCGGGGAUCCCCCCAACGGAGACUGAGGCCUACUUCGGGCCCAAGGAGCCAGAGCCGGCACCCCCCUACCACAGCCCCGAGGACAGCCGCGACCACGGCGGCAGGAAUGGCUGCAUCGUCAAGCUCGUGCGCUCCACUAGCUCCGGAGGCCAGAAGAACUUCUCGGCGCCCCCUGCCCAGUGCCCCCCGUCCACCUCGUGGCAGCACUGCCACGCUCGCCAGGUCCCUGGCACCUCGCCCGUGGGCGACCCCGGCUCACUGGUGCGCAUCCCGCCCCCGCCGGCCCACGAGCGCUCCCUGUCUGCGUACAGCGCGGGCGCCCGGGCCAGCGCCGAGCUCCUGAGGCACGAGGAGGCCGCGGGCAGCAGGGCCCCCGAGGCUGGCCUGCGGGGCAGCGACACGUCCAUCUCCAUCCCGUCCGUGGACCACGAGGAGCUGGAGCGCUCCUUCAGCGGCUUCAGCAUCUCCCAGUCCAAGGAGAACCUGGACGCUCUGGCCAGCGGCUACGCGGCGGUGGCGCCCUGCGCCAAGGUGCGUCCCUACAUCGCCGAGGGCGAGUCCGACACCGACUCAGACCUGUGCACGCCCUGUGGGCCCCCGCCGCGCUCUGCCACCGGGGACGGCCCCUUUGGGGAUGUGGGCUGGGCCCGGAAGUGAGGCAGUUUCUCCAGCUGCUCCUGAGUUUCCGUGAGGACCCACUGGGCCGCUUUCCCGGUGACGAGGAUGGACUGUUGGGGUGCAGGGGUGUAGGGUGGCCCCGGUCUGCUGUGGACUCAGCAGAGGGCCCUUCCCAGGAGGACUGCGGUGCCUGCUACAGACAGUGGGCCCGAGCGGGCCUCGAGGGGCAGACUGGGAGUGCUGUCCUCCCUGGAGGUUGCAGUCCGGCCCAGGACUGUCUCUUCUGCACCUCCACCCCUUCCCUGUCAGCCCCGGGGUGGGGCUUCCGGGCCAGCCUCCCACCCUGUUCCCGGGUAGGGGCCACCCCAGGGGCAGCUGCCCUCAGAAACCUGCCCCUGGGCUUUGGUGCGGGACACGUUCCACAGGGUCCUAAGAAGGCGUCAGAGAGACAUCAGGCAUCUGGGGUAGGCCCCUGCGUCCACAUUGCCCUGGCCAGGCGCCGGUCACCAGGCCACGGUCAGCACUGAGACAGGCCAGCAGGGGGGCGAUGCAGAGGUCCCCGUCUCCACUGUCCCAUGCAGCGUCUCCCAGGGAGCUGCCCCCCCCACACUCUCCGAGCUGGUCCCAGGUCCUGCUGUCCACUUCCUGGGCCCCGUGGGUGAGGGGCACCAGCCUCCGAGGUCAGGGGAGAGAGUGGGGACAGACAGACUCGUUUCUGGGGGCCCAGCUAAGCCCCCAUGACCUGUCACCGCUCCCGCCCGUGGGCAGAGGGUGGACUGCUGUCUCGGGCACUAGCCCACACGUGUCUGCGGAAGGGACUGUGUUCAGGGCCCCGGGGUGCUGUGCCCCCCACCCGCAGGGCAGCCGCUGGGCUCCCUCCCCUUUGCUGGGCGGCUCCCUGCAGGGGCGAAGUGGGGGCAACACCGUGCUGGCCCAAGGGUCCGCAGGGACAGAGGGUCUCAGAGCUGCCCUGGAGACCAGGUGGGGGCCCUGCACCCUGCGGCGUUUGGCUGGAGACCCUUCACUUAGCAUCCCCCCCAGACCCCAGGAGGAAAAAGUGCAGCAGCUGAAGGAUGGGUGGCCCCCGGGAGAGGUGCCCAGCACCCGCCCAGCAGGCGGGGCCGGGGCAGCAGGCCAGUCACCAGCAACCCGGGCCUGGAGCCCGGCCAGCUCUGUCCCUGCUGGGGGUUCCACCCUGGCCCGGGCCCCUCUGUGGAGCGGUUGGUCUCUCUAGGAAGCCGGGCCCCAGCCCAGUCCCAACAGUGUCACCCGUAUCCCAGCGUGAGGCCCCAGGCACGUCCGUUCCGAGAAGUGCAGCAGGAACACCUGGUGUGUUCGCGGUGACUGACCUCUGUGGCAAACGUGCCCCCACAUGAGCAGCAUGUGGCCAGAGCCCGGCACGGAACAUGUUCUCACACAGCUCACUCACCAUGCACACGGUCUGUGCACACACGUGGGCGUGGACGUGUGCUUCUGGACACGCAUGCACGUGCCGUGGGUCUGUCUACUGGCUCUGGCCCUGGAGUGGGGAGGUGGAGCUGAGUUCAGGUGGGGCCAGGAAUCCCUGUGGCCUUGUGUGUCCAGCUGGGAUGCUGCCCACCAGUCCUGGCCCUCCUCAGGGCCCCCGUGCCCACAAGGGCUCUGAAGCCUGUGCUCUGUGAGCUCUGCUGGUCAGGAAAAGGAGGUGGCCCCAAGGGCCGGGGGUGCCGGCCCCUCCGCCCCACCCCUGCUGCAGCUGUUGGGGGCGGAGCUCAGCCCUGAGAAGCAGCUGGAAGCCACAGGGGCAGAGGGCGUCAAGUGGCCUUGGAAGCAACCUGUCCAUUUGGGUCCCAGGACUGUGUGCCCGCAGGCCAGGCUGAGCUCAAUGGCACGCCCCCUAGAGGCGAAGAGAGAACAGACCCUGGAGAGCGCGUGGUACAGUGCCCGGCUGGCAAAUGGCUCCUUCCACCCUGGCCCGGCCUGGUUACUCACUCCCUGGGCUGGUCGUGUGUGGCUGACGUGCUCCAGCUGUGUGCCCAGGAGAGGCGCCCCAGGUGCCCCAGCGGGUGUGAGAGAGAACCAGGAAGGGCUUCCUGAAGGUGGUGUGGCGCUUGUGCCUUGCUCCGUGAAGCCUGGAAGCUGUCCAGCCAGGGCUCUGCAGCUCACCCUCAGAGGAGGGCCGGGAGGAGGACGUUCCAGCAACUGGGAAGGAAGCGCCCUCUGAGUGGGGUCUGGUGAGGGCCACGGGUCCCUGGGAGCAGGGACCAGCUGGGGCUGCUGGGUCCUGAGCUUUCUGUUCCCUGCAGCUACGCCCAGCUGGGUCUCACAAGCCCUUGCCUUAAAGUGCAUCGGCAGGAAGUCGCGAGGCCACCCAGUCCCCCUUGGCACCUGUGAGCACCGUGGCAGGCCGUGCCUCCUCUGGCUGUGACCUUCUGCCCGGCGAGGGCAGGGGCCUCUGUUCCUGGGCCCCUGCGUGGCCCCUGCCAUCCCUGUGGCUGCAGCCCCCACCCGCGCCGUUGCCUUGGCUGUCUGCACUUUGUUCAUGCUCCAAAGAACCCUCGAAUGCCUUCGGUACCGGCUGCGCACGCCCCGCUCCCCGCGACAGACUGGCCUCCGCGAAGGCGUCCCCCAGCACCACCCGUCUGCCAGUUCAGGACUCGCGUUUCCACAGACCAGCCCAUCGAAGUCACGGCAGCUCCUCCCUCCACCGCCUGCCGGGCCCAGGCGGAGUGGCCCGGGGCUCCGGGGGUGGCAGCUGGCACAGGGGCGAGGCCGGGUGCCUGUGGGCUGUGCACUCAGUAAAAUGCAGUGACCAACCUG